AUGCCAGAGUCAGGUGCUGCCUCUCAAGAGGACCAGCCCAUCUCUCCCAAAACCCAACUGCCUUCUGUUAGGCCUCAGGAAGAUGAGGAGCGCCAGGGUUCUUCAAGCGCAGACCUUGAGCGUGAGCCUUUGAUUGCCAGUAGACGUUAUGUGGACCCAGACGAUCCUAUAGUGUCUCCAUUGAACUUGAAGCGCAUUGCUGUUUUGCGCCUGGUGCUUAUUACUGUGCUUGGGGUGAAUGCCCUCGUGUUGUUCCUUGUGGUUGUCUCGGACUUCAUCUCGGUGCCGUUUUUCAACCGUAGAGGCAAGUCUUUUCUUGACUUUGACUUGGCCCUUUUGAACAUUUUGACUGGCGGUGUGACCCUUUGGUGCUUUGCUGUGCCUGCUUAUUAUGAGAGGAUUCUUGGCUACGUUAGCUUUGGCUUGGUGUUCAUCGACUUGAUAGUGAUACUUAGCAUUCCAUUCCUUCGUGGCCAGCUGGGUGCGUUUGGAAACCUUCUUUGGUUAUGGACGCUUCUCAAUAUUGCCCUUAACUGUUUCGCUGACUGGUCAGUGGAACGUGGCAAGGCCCAGCAGGAGAUUAAGUAUACUGGUAGAGUCGAAAAGAGAAGAUCAGUGUAUGAGCUUUUGGUUAUGCUUGUUAAGAUCUUCGUCAAACUCUUCUUGUUAUGGGUUAUUUGGUGUAUUUCUCUUUCUAUUUGGCUCGAGGGCUUCGACUCUCACGAGAAGCCAUGGGGCAAGAUGAUCCCAGUAAACGAGGGUCAAUUUAAGGUUCACUUGGCAUGCUACGGUGAUGUUCACGCUCCUAUGGCCGAGCUGGACAAGGACGAUUCAUCCAAGGCUAAACAGCCUAUUUUGCUCGUUGAAGGCGGCCAGCAGACGUCGUCUGAAGUGUUCCAAGAAUGGAUUCAAGAAUUAUACCAAAUGAACAAAAUCGAAAGAUUCUGUAUCUGGGAUAGACCAGGCUACGGUUUCUCCGAUAGCGCCCCGCUGCCAGUGUCGAUCUCGAUUAUUGUCGAGUAUCUCCUGGAAGCCCUCAGGGCGGAGAAGAUCGAAGGACCCUUCUCUGCUGUGGGAUUCGACGAAGGAGGUCUUUACUCUAGAGUGUUUGCCCUGAGAAACCGUGGCCAGAUCCAUUCGCUUUUCCUCGUUGAUAGCUGGCACGAAGACCUUCUCAAGCAUUUCCCCUUCAGCGGCAGCAACAAGAAAAACGAGAGCAGAAAGGUGUUCAAGGAUAUCUUUGAGCUCAUGGACUCUUGGCAGGGUUUCAAGGUCUGGCUCCGAGGCGUAGUGUCUCCGUUAGGAAUUGUCAAGAAUAUUCACUGGUUCUUCCAUCCACAGAGAUACUCAUCCAAGAGCCGAGUGUUUGGCCGGGACAUGGUCUACAGUCCCAAGUAUCUCCGGGCAAGACUACAAGAGCAAGUAACCGCCUCGAUCUUAUCGUUCAACGAGGUGCAAAACGCAGCAGUGCAGCUGGUGCCGCUUGCAGUGAUAUCCUCGGACUUCAUGAUAAAGAAUUCCCUUAAUUGGGGUAAAUGGCAACGAUCGAUGGUAAAGAUCAGCGACAAGCUGUUGGAAUGGGUGGUGGCUGAGAACAGUGGACACAAGAUCUGGGAAAGCCCAAAGGGCAGAGAACAGUUGCAGCAGUUGCUCUUACGGUUGGUGAGCGAAAAAUCAAACUACUAA